GCUAACUGCGCAGGAAUUUUCUGACCCCUCUCACUGCCACCAAGUGAAGUUCUGACAUGAGGUAUUCUGCCAAAUGGCUUUGCUAGUCUGUUUGGGAACUAUUCCACAGGUUAUACUGUCCCCUUCUCCUGCAGAAUGUUCAGUGCUACCCAUCGUAAAUUGGCAGACCUCUUUAUCAUGCUCCUCGGCACCAACAUUUUAAUUCUGAUUCCCAUUCCCAUUCUGAUAUGUCGGUUCAUGGCCUCCUCUUGUGCCAAGCUAUUCUAUUUAGAUAUCCUCUCCAACAUGACGGCAUAAAUAUCAACUUUUUCUUCCUAACCCAAUUUCCCUCGGGAUCAAUAAAGUAUGUCUGUCUGUCUUUAUUCCCCUUUCUGACCUUUUAUUUCUUCUCACCUGCCUACUACUGCCCUCUGGGUCCUUUCUUCUUUCUCUUUCUCCUACGGUUCUCUCUCCUCCCCUGUCAGAUUCUUUCUUCUCCGGCCCUUUGCCUUUCCCACCCUCCUGGCAUCACCCAUCACCUUCUCACUUUCCUCCUUCCCAGCAUCUGUCUGAGGAGCCCUCUGGGUCCUUUCUUCUUUCUCUUUCUCCUACGGUUCUCUCUCCUCCACUGUCAGAUUCUUUCUUCUCCGGCCCUUUGCCUUUCCCACCCUCCUGGCAUCACCCAUCACCUUCUCACUUUCCUCCUUCCCAGCAUCUGUCCGAGGAGCCCUCUGGGUCCUUUCUUCUUUCUCUUUCUCCUACGGUUCUCUCUCCUCCCCUGUCAGAUUCUUUCUUCUCCGGCCCUUUGCCUUUCCCACCCUCCUGGCAUCACCCAUCACCUUCUCACUUUCCUCCUUCCCAGCAUCUGUCUGAGGAGCCCUCUGGGUCCUUUCUUCUUUCUCUUUCUCCUACGGUUCUCUCUCCUCCACUGUCAGAUUCUUUCUUCUCCGGCCCUUUGCCUUUCCCACCCUCCUGGCAUCACCCAUCACCUUCUCACUUUCCUCCUUCCCAGCAUCUGUCCGAGGAGCCCAAGUGUUUGAUUGACGUACAAUGCAGCCGGCGGAAGCGGAAGGGGCGGGACGAAAUUGUUCACUCACACUUGGAAGAUGGCGGUGCAAUCGGCUACGCGGGUUUUGUUGCCGAUUUGCCGGAGACUAACGACACCGUCUCUUUGGGCUUCCUGCCGGCGGUUUUUACCGGAAAUUAUCAGAAGCCAUCGGCCGCCGCUGACUUCGUGGCUUGUGCCAGCCCGAGGGCUGCGGGAAAUUGUCCACAUCCAGGAGGGACAGACCAUCACAAUUGAAGGAAAAAUAGUUAAAGAUUCGACAGAAGCUUCUGAACCUCCAAAUCUUACAGGACAGUGUCCAAUCUGCAAGUGGAAUCUGAAACAUAAAUAUGACUAUACAGAUGUGCUGCUGCUCAGUCAGUUCAUACGAUCAGAUGGAGGGAUGCUACCACGCCGUGUCACGGGACUCUGUUUUGAAGAGCAUAAAAAGAUUGAAGCCUGUGUGAAGAUGGCUCACCGAUCUGGUAUCUAACUCGAUGGUCGGUCAAAUCCAUGAAGCCCAUUUGGAGGAAGGGCCUUAAGUGGUGUAAGGUACGCAUGCCUGUUGGAGACCCAAUAAUGAAGAAUAACAUUGUCUAUGGGAAGAAACCUUACUAUAUGAAGCAC